GACACCCAGAGAAGCCACGCAUGCCAACAGAACAUGUAAAUAACAGAACGGACACAUCAUUUAGUGCUCUUCGUUAAUUUCCAUGUGUAGUUCACUCAUAAUUGCAAAUAGAUUAAUUGUUAACGAAAUUCGGAAAUCGAAUUUGCGAAGUGUGGAGGAUGAAAUCUAGCGGUUUGUUCAAUUGUGCUGUCAGAAUUAAAGAAGAGCCUGCUGACAAUGUAUCACUUUUUGAAAAUGAUUCCGAAAUGAAUGACGAGGAACCUGAUCUUAAAAACUUCCAACUCUUACCAAUGUCGCAAGAAAAUUCAACCCAUACAAUUCGAAAAAAUGACGUAAAUCAUAGAAGUGGACUUUGUGACGAAGUGAAAAUAGUUAUUGAAUGUGAAAACGUGAAGCCCAAUAUGGAUUUAUUAGUAGUUCAAAAAAUUGAUGAUUAUUCUCGAAAUCACUUGCAAGAUAUGAAAUAUAACGAUGACAAUGCAAUUGAAAACUCAAUUGAAAUAGAAACCACAGAAAAAUUAAAACAAAAAUUUGUUGGUGAUGCUGAAAAAGAAUUGAAUUUGAAUAUCCACAAUAAAUUUGUUGAAAAAAAUAAAAAAAGAAGAAUUACAAAAAAGUUUAAGAACGAACAUAACCUCAAAACACACAUCGAUACGGUUCAUAAUAAAACAACCCACAUGUGUAAAAUAUGUAAAAAGAAUUUCUCAACUAUGGGUAAUCUAAACAGGCAUGUCAAAUCAUUACAUCAUGGUAUUACACACUCAUGUGAUUUAUGCGGCAAGAAAUUUUCAUUCAAAGGUAAUGUCCAAGUCCACAUCAAUAAGGUGCACAAUCGUAUCACACACUCAUGUGAUUUAUGUAGCAAGACAUUUUCAUGCAAAGGUAAUCUCCAAAUCCACAUCGAUUCAGUUCAUAAUGGUGUCACUCAUACAUGUGACAAUUGCAGAAAGAAAUUCACAAGCAAGAGUAAUCUCAAAAUCCACAUAGAUUCGGUGCAUAACGGUAAGAAACAUACGUGUGACACGUGUGGAAAGAAGUACGGACGAAAAAUUAAUCUCGCGGCCCACAUCGAUGUAGCACACAAUGGUAUCACUCAUGCAUGUGAUAUUUGCGGAAAGAAAUACUCAAUUAAAAAAAAUCUCAAAAAUCACAUUGAAGUCGCACAUAAUGGUGUUACUCACUCAUGUAAUUUAUGUGGCAAGACAUUUUCAUGGAAAGGUAAUCUCCAAAUCCACAUCGAUUCGGUUCAUAAUGGUGUUACUCCUACAUGUGAUUAUUGCGGAAAGAAAUUCACAAGCAAGAGUAAUCUCAAAAUUCACAUACAUACAAUACAUAACAGUAACAAACAUUCGUGUCGUGCGUGGAAAAAAGUACGGACGAAAAAGUAAUUUCGAGGGCCACAUCAAUGUAGCAUAAUGGAGUAAAAUACUCAUGUGAUAUAUGUGGCAAGACAUUUAAAAAAAAAGUGGAAUUUCAAUAAACACAUCGAUUCGGUUCAUAGUAAAAUCGCACGUUCAUGAGAUAUAUGACGAAAGCAAUUCACAACGAAGGAUAAUCUCAAAGUCCACAUAAAUUUAAAGCACAGUGAUAUCAUUUACACAAAAGGGUAGUUUUAAAAUUUACAUCAAUCAGAUG